AUGCCAGCCUGGACAGACACUGAGGACCCCCUCCCGCAGAGGCCAAAAGAGAGCGACAGCAGGAGAGGCACAGGCAACGGCGGCAAAGGAACACGGUCAAGGUGGCCCAAAGUUGUGGGCAUGGUCAACUUGACGGCUUCGUUGGAGGCGGAGUCACGCCCCCAAUCCUCCCACCCCUUCGAACCUCCUCUGAUCACGCCCCACCCCUUGCUUCCAGAAGCCGCACGCCCCCUCCUUGAACCCCCUACUGCCCCUCUCCAGGACGCCCGUUUCGGCAAGGGUUUUAGGGCCACCCCCACGAAGAUUCGCGUCCAGCCAGCAGGCAGCGAGGGGAGCGUUCCCGUCCCCGAGGCAGGCUGCGGUGGAAGGAGAGGCCGGGAAGUUAAGCAACCUUCUGCCACCUACCAACGUGUGCGCGUGCUGCCAACGCUCGAGGAAGUUGUCGGUUGGCGAAGUUGCGAUGGCAUAUGA